AUGAAGUACCUCGCCGCUUACCUUCUCCUCGCCCUCGCCGGCAAGGAGGCUCCCUCCGCCGCCGACAUCAAGAGCGUUCUCUCUUCCGUCGGUAUUGAUGCUGAGUCCGACCGUCUUGACAAGCUCAUCUCUGAGCUCCAGGGCAAGAACCUCGAGGAGCUGAUUGCUGAGGGUACCUCCAAGCUCGCUUCCGUUCCCUCCGGUGGUGCUGGUGCCGCUGCUGCUGCCCCCGCCGCCGGUGGUGCCGCCACUGAGGACGCCCCCGCUGCCGCCAAGGAGGAGGAGAAGGAGGAGUCCGACGAGGACAUGGGAUUCGGUCUCUUCGACUAA